AUGAAGAAAGGUUGAUUAUCAAAAGUGUUGAAAAUUGAUUUUUUCAGUUUUAGUAUUAGAAUCAAACGAAAAGUACAAAAACAUCUUUAGUAUUCUUGUACCAUUCUUCAAUUCAGUAUGCUUGCAUUACCAAAGAACUAGAAUAAGUGCUUCAAAGAUGAAUUUUAUUGAUAAUUUAUUGAAUCAAAUGUCAUCCACAUUCAAUCAGCAAUUAGAGCUGCCGAAACAAGCUGAAAUUUCUAUGGACGAGACCUUCAAAUGGCGUGCACUGAAAAACAAUCAAUUUGCGAGUCGAUCCAAAGGUACCCGUAGCUUAAAAGACAAACCUGAACCUGAAAACAGUGAAUUAUCAGAAGCACCAUGCAUCAGUGACAAAAAUGAAAUAACUGCUUGUGCUAUGAUUGAAAAUUUAAUUGACUCUACUGUUCAAAUAAGUGAUACUAAUGUGGAAAUUGAAAUUGCCAAGGACAUAAGUGGAGAUGAGAUUCGUGAAGCUGUUGCGGCUUUCCAGGUUUCGACUGAAUUUUUAUAUCACGACCACAGCAGAACCACAAGAGAAGUAAUUAUUUCCAACGGAAGUGAUUCUUUGCCAGUGAAUAGUGAGCAAAUUUCAUAUCCUGCAAUUGUUGAUAAACAUGACGAAAGAAUCUUGGCAACUGAAUCUUGUUCAAUCGAUCAAAACAUUGAUAAAACCAAAAUCCAUUCAGAAGGAGACAAAGAUCAAAUCACAGUUCCAAAGCCGACGGAUCAAAUAAUCAGUCAGAUGUCUUCCACUUUCAAUAUUCCCAAUGAACUGAUCUCGAAUAGUACACCCGUUAAGGGAAAUUCUAAAAGGUAUGGUAGAAUUCAUGGUAAAUUGGAGCAUAAACAUAAAGCAACAUCAACUUCAAAACUGUCAAAAGAGGUCAUUCGAAGAUCUAAUCGACUGAAUAACAAGGAAUUGUUCACUGAUGCCAAAGAAAAAUUGCAAGGAGAAAAUUCAAUCAAAAAUCAAACAAUACAUGAUCGUUCUCAACACUCUAUUAAUAAUCGAAAUAUCAAAAGCAUCAGGACGGUCAUGAAGAAUACACCACGAAGCAAAAUCGAAAGCAGCAUGAAAAAUCAAACUCGAAGCAAUAAUUUACCAAUCUCCGUGUCAUGCAGCCCAGAAAACUCUAUAAUAAUUAAACCAUAUGAUCCAUCAACUGAUAGAGAUAAUAAAGAAACCCAGCAUGCAGAGUUGAAGAUAAACCAUGAUCAAUGUACACCAGUUAUAGCUAUCAAAUCGCAACAUAUAAAUAACAAAAGCAUGAAAAAGGCGAUUUUAAGAAGAAGGUGUAAAAUGAGAUCUAUGAAACAAAUACGAUCAAAGCAUCCGAGAACUAAAGCUAUAAUUACGGAACGCAAACGGAAAACCCUAAAAGAAAACGAAUCAAGUAUUUCCAAAGAUAAUAAAAAAUCUCCACUUCUCCGUGGUCGUCUAUCAAGACCUAUAAAAUUAUCUGCUAAAAUAUUAGCUAACAGUGAAUUAAGACAAGGUUUCGAAUUGCAAAACUCCGUCAGAUUGAGUCUGAACACUGAUCUUGUGCAGGCACAAACUUUGCCAGAAAUACCUAAAGAAUUCGCUUCGUCCAAGCCCAAAACUCCGAAAUCUACUAAUAAGUCAUCAUCCAUCAAUUCUGCGGAGUUAGAAGACUUUGGAUCUACACCUACAGCUAUAAGCACUGCUCCAUUAUCCGCCGAAGAAUACACACAAGUUCUAGGAAAAAAUGAUCAUGUCCAGUCCAUCACUGUAGAUUCUUGUCAUUCUAAGGAUGACAACCAAAACGCUAGUACAGAUAACCUUGAAUUGAAAGAAAAACACUUUUUGAUGCUUGGACUUGUUAGAAGUCACACCAUAGAAAAAUCAUUGAACGCUAGUAACGCAGUUAUUAAGUGUGAAGAUUCAAAUAUCGCAAACAAAGCAAUGGACAAAAGUUGUCCAACAUUUGGCAACAAAAAAGGCAAUAAUAGCAGAUCACCAAUCAUUCAAAUGAAAAACUCAAAUUCUAGUCAAAAGAAAUCCAACCUAACUAAUGUCAGCCAUAAUGAUUAUCAUCCUAUGGUUAUCUUACCGCCUGAUUAUCAAUCAAAGCAUAUAUGCUAUUGUCGAAAACGUACUAGAUACUUCACAACAAAGACCAAAAGUCGUACUUUUUGCACGGCCACAGACAGCGUAGAUGGUGAAAUUUUCGGUUGCCGCAAUCUACUAAAUGGAGACCUUCUGAACCUUCUUCGUCCCAGUAAAGAAACCAGCUAUCAGUUGUUUUGCAACGCUCAUCAUCGAAGAUUUAGGAACCACGGAUGCUGUCCUUUCUGUGGAGUGUUUUGCUUACAGGGAGAUUUUGGACUUUGCUUCAAUAAGCAUCUGUUUCAUUGGGAAUGUGCUGAAAGACUUGCAGUACCUUCCAAAUUUAGCGCAGUCCUUCCUGAAGCCAUUUAUCAAUGUCCUCACUGUGGACUAGAAAGUCAUAAAAGUAAGUAUACAUUCAAGGUUCAGCUUCCAACAGAAUUUAAGAUCAUCUCCCAAAGAUAAUAUAAUUUAA